AUGAGCGGGCAGAGCGCCGGAGCGACGAGCGCCCUGCCAAGCAGCACGCUCGCAGACUCGUUGGAGCAGCUUCGAGCCGCCGUGUUGGCAGCUGCGCAUGAAACCGCCCAGUGCGGCACCAGCGUCCCGUGGUACAGACCCACGUACGCGGUCGAGAACGGCUCCGACGUCGUCGCGUACACGUCGAUCUCCGCCAUGGACGCCUACGCGCACAAGUCGGCGGAAGAGCUGCGCUACGAAGACUACCUCCAGCGCAAAGACAUGAAGGCAGCACGAGCACAGGCCGCGAUCGUGCCCGCACCGCCCGCGGAGGAGCCAUCGAAAACGAGUCCGCCGGCCGAUAACUCGACCCGAGACCGCGUUUGA